AACAAAGUACUCAACUUCUUAGAUAAAGCGAACUGCAAAGCAGUUAGACUGUUUUCUAUGGAUUUUAGCAAGGUUUUCGACUCAGUGAAACAUUCACUCCUCUCGGAAAAGUUAAAAACUGUGCCACUCAACCCUUAUAUCAUAAAUUGGUAUUUAAAUUUUCUAAAGAAUAGAAAGCAAAGAGUCCUCAACCCUUAUAUCAUAAAUUGGUAUUUAAAUUUUCUAAAGAAUAGAUUUUGUAACGAUUUUUGUGGAGAAUGGAUGGAUGUUAAUAAGGGUACAACACAGGGGAGCGUAAGUGGCCCCUACCUUUUUAAUAUUUUCCUAAAUGAUUUAGAGGUGGACAUAGACGGCGAGAACGCUCUUUUUAAAUAUGCGGACGAUUCAAAUAUAAUAGUGCCAGUUUGGAGUGAGGGUCCUGAUACAUCAACAGAUACAGUUGGACAAUUCCUGAACUGGUCUGAUGAUAAUUUUAUGACUUGUAACCCUGGUAAAUGUAAAGAGUUUAUCAUCCGGAAGAAGGGAUAUAAUGAUCAACUUGACAAUGUUUAUAAUAUACCCCAAUGCAAAGAACUUCCCAUUUUAGGUACUACUUUUCAAGACACUCUCAAGUUCACCAGUCAUGUGCGAG